AUGUGUACGCUACUUCACCCAGACAAGGCUCAAUAUGAUGCCGUUGAUGAUGGUUCCAUUAAUCUUCCUUUCCAGUCCAUUUCUAAGGCAUAUUCUGCUCAAAGAUCGAUAUAUGAUGAAUUUGGAAUCAAAGGUCUUGAAAAGUUGUCUUCAAUUUCCUCGGCUAAUCCCAAUUUUGUUUCCUCUGUAAUUGCUUCAUCAACGACCAUGCCCUCCCAGCUAAAAAAAGCCAUUGAGUGGCAAACCAAUUUAGAAAAGGAAAUUGCCGAAGAAGCCUCCAUAUCUAACAAAACCACGGUUGCAAUUUCGACCGACAUUUCAGAUGCUCUGCCGUUUGCAGAGAGGGAUUCUUUCGUUGCCAAUCAAAAAAGCUCGGUUAUCUCCUACCAUUCAAUGGUAUUGUCUCAUUCAAUUCAGGUUAGUUUGUUUUUUUAUGCCAGAAAACAUUUGUGGCAUCACAAACCACCGUUGAGCUACAAUGUAGAACUGAAUCAGGAAAAGGCGUUGAUGAGUCUUCGUUUAGUACUUCCCUACGAUAUCCAUUUCAAAAAUAUCCGUAUGAAAUCUCAGUAA